AUGCCGCACUAUGGCGGCUCGCUCGGCGAAAGCUUGGAGCUGUUCCUGGAUCAAGCCAGGCUCUUCUUUGAGGCUAAGAACAUCGACUACACGCACGAAGAUAACCGCAAGCGUGUGCUGGCCAUCAUGGUUUCUAACCUAACGGGGCAAGCUGCUACCUGGUACAUCACGCAGCAGCAUGAGAUUGCCGACAUCACGGCGCUCGCAGCGGCGUUGCGGCGCGAGUUUAUUCCACCCGUCUUACAGGAGCGCUUGCGCGACUCGCUGGACCAACUCAAACAGCGUGAGUGCCGUGACCUGACUGAGUACGUGACUAAGUAUCGCCAGCUGAUCAGCCGCGUCAAGGACAUGGGCAAGCUCGACAAGAUUACGCUCUUUACGCGUGGCCUUGUGUCACAGACUCGCUCCGAGGUUGUGUAUCGCCGGUGCAGUACGGUGCACGAAGCCGUAAACGUAUGA